AUGGCUUCCGUGGUGAAGGGCGCCGUCAGGAUGAUCAGAGAGAAGGGCAUCCGGGGAUUCCUCCGGGAGAUUAGAGAUGAGGGUUACCUGUGAGUCUUCUUCUCCUGAUUCUUUCCUGUUGCGAUUUCCUCGUUCUCCCUGUGACAACCUUUCCGAUUCUGGUAAUGCCAAUCCGUAUUGUUCAUCUAGCGUUCAGCUUCUUCGUCCCACCAAUACCCCGCAUGGAUUUUUUUUAUUCCUAUUUAUUUUCUUGCCUUUUCCCGUCCUUUUUCCUUCUAUUCUGAUCCGUAUUGCCCUCGGUAGGUCAACUGUUACGUCCUGAACUUUAAUCGAUGGAAUGAACCAGUUUUUUUUUUUUGUAAACCUCGAAUCGCUCCGAGCAAAGAGAAGGUGUUCCGGUAAACGGGCCUUCCUUGGUACCUGAUCGAGGCCGGAGACCGCUUCUAGGUCUUGUGAUCGCUCGAACGAGCAGAAACAACAAUUUCUGCCCACAGUUACUUCUCUCACCCAUUCAACGUUGGAAAUGUCGUAGCUCAUCGGCUCACUGGAUGUUGGAUCAUGACUAAAUGUUAUCCAGGGUUUCUUUACCUUAUUCCGAUUUAUUAGAGCAUCCAGUUCUAUCGGAGAUUCAUGAUAAAAACCACGAUCAUGAACUAGCAUGAUCAAGUCGCCUCCAAGCUUUAAUCACCAGAUAGUGUCAACCCGCGCAUUUUAUCCCAUCCAUGUUUGAUUUCCGAUGAAUAUUAUAAAGCUGUUCGUGUUUACAGUGGAUCUGUGGAAAAAUAAACCCAUGUUUCUGGUAGGAGAAUAUCUUAAGAUAUGCAAUCUACGCAAUAUAUAGUUUGAAAAUAAUGAAUACAUAUUAUAUUAUCUAAACAUGUAUGCCUCCCCCUCAUCCCAUCUGAAAAAUCUGAAAGUCACAUUUUCCUUGGAAAUAAUUUUUUUUUGGUAAUUGAUUUUCUUUUGUGGCACCUCUGACAGUAGAUUUUUUUUGUGUGUUUUUGUUUGUAGGAAAUGUCUUGCAGAUGGGAAUCUACUGUAAGUGUGCCCUUUAAUUUUGCAUUAAAUGACCAUGAACUAGCAUGAUUUCUAAAUGAUGAUCUGCAAGAUAUACAGCAUUGCUUUCUCCUUGGCCGUUUUCCCUCUUUUGUUUGAGCCCUCUUGCUAUCUGUGCCUGGCUUUUUUGCGAUGAGUUUCCUAAUGAAGGUGGUCUGAUGGCAUGAAAAGCUGAGCGACCAGCUUAGAGGGUUAUUUUGUGCAUACAUUGGAUGGUAACUGCACGUGUCAAAGCAUCUCCUUUCUGAUGGUCAACGACGAGCCCAGCUGGCACCAAAUAGUCAACCCAUUGUCCACCCCUCAUUGUGUCAGCCACACUCUUGUCCCGGAUACUUACUGGAUGUUAGCCUGAGGGUCCUAUCCAGGUCAGCUGUUCUUGCUUGACUAGGAAGAAGGAGCAAGAUUAUCUUAGGAGGGUUGGCAUGGGACUGAAGAGAUGCCACGUGGGAUUGGGCUAUCUCCAGACCCAUUUUAAUAGAGUUGAUGCUUAUUUUGGGGAGAAGCGCCGAUAGUUGAGCAAACCUAUCGUAUCCUGUUGAAAUUACCUGUCAUGAAUUCACUUCAGUAGCUUCUAAAGAUCAUUGCCUCUUCUCCUCUGAAUCUCUUUCCCAACCUAGUAACGCAGGUAACGUUCCAUAGAAGCAUCCUCACUCUCUCUCUCUCUCUCUCUCUCUCCCCCCCCCCGAUUGCUUUAAAAUAUGAUGGGUUUUUUACCUCAUGGAAAGUUUCGGUGUGGGUCUUCAUAGUCGAUUGAUGCGAGUGGGUUAUAAGUCCUGACUGGGGAUGAGAACUUUCAUAGUUCGACGGUUUACCAACCCAAGGAAGGCCCCUCCCCGCGGUUCUGAAAGAUGAAGAUAUCAAUGUGCUGCAGACAUCUGAUCCUGAUCUAGCUGUCUCCUCUCCCCUCAUUCCUCCUCCCUUUCUCCUCCACUUGCCUUGGGUGGUCGGACUGACCUGUGUUUGCUUCCUCAGGCAAACAAAAAUCCACAACAUCGGUGCAACGCUCGUGGGCACUGACAAAUUUGGUAACAAAUAUUAUGAGAAGCUGCAUGACAUGCAGUUUGGUGAGUACAUCAAAAUUAUUUCAUUUAUUUAUUUAUUUAUUUCUUAGUUUAUAUGUCCAUUCUCCCUCGAUGAAUAUCAAUUCCAAUGUCAGUUUGAUGGAAAUCUGAACUGGGUCUGUUGGUAGUGUAGGGUUCUUAUAUAGUAGCCAUUUAUAGCAGCUUCAUUCAUAGUCAGCGGUGUGCUGCUUCUGUGAGCACAGGGAGGCACAGAUGGGUGGAGUACGCCGAGAAGGGCCGGUACAACGCAUCUCAGGUGCCACCCGAGUGGCAUGGCUGGCUGCACUUCAUCACAGAUCACACUGGCGAUGAUGUAAGUCAAGCCCUCCUCUCCGUUGGCAUCAUGAUUUUAAUUUUUUCUACCUUCUUUCUUCAGUUGAGAUGCUUCAAUUGCGUUUUUUGCCCAUCAAUCCGGUCUUAGAUUCAAAUGAUUUUACCUCCCAAGGGAUGAUAUUGAAUUAAUUUCCGAACCUGGCCGACGACGGUGGGAGAGAUGGCAUCAUCACCAGCCGAUGGGCGGGCAUGAUUUUAAUUUUUAUGUUCUACUUUUUUUUUCUUAAGUUGAGAAACUUUAAUUGUGUUCUUGCCGCUCAAUCCGGUGUUAGAUUCAAAUGAUUUCAUCUCUCAAGGGAUGAUGCGAUUGAAUUAAUAUCCGAACCCGACCGGCAGCAGUGGGAGGGACAGAAUUGUCACCAGCCGACUGGCGGGCAUGAUUUUAAUUUUUUUUUCUACAUUUUUUUUCUUAAGUUGAGAAACUUUAAUAGUGUUCUUGCCAGUCAAUCCGGUGUUAGAUUCAAAUGAUUUCAUCUCCCAAGGGGAUGAGAUUGAAUUUAUUCCCGAACCCAGCUGGCGGCUGGAUCGGCAGCACUGGCGGCAGUGGGAGGGAUGGAAUCAUUCAUUACUGAUGGCUGUUGUUGUUGUUGUUGUUGUUGUUGUUUGGCAUGGCAGCUGCUGAUGCUGAAGCCGAAGAGGUACGGGGUGGAGCACAAGGAGAACUUCUCAGGGGAGGGGGAGCAGUACAUCUACCACUCCAAGGGCCACGCUCUCAACCCCAGCCAGAGGGACUGGACCAGGUACCAGCGAUGGCAGCCUGCCAGGACCGACACUGCCCACCGCCAGUGA